AUGUCUUUUAAAAGUGUGACUUUCUGCGUCUCAAAUGAAGUAGAGUUACCGCUACAGGUCAAAAUUGAUUCUUUAGAGGGAGUGAAGCCUCUUCUGACUGCCUCUCAAAAGCUGACUGAACCCUCGCUUUCUCAAAGAGCAUCAAAUGUAGCUCCUAACAGUGAUAUGUUUGUAUCUGUUCAGGUAUUCGAUAGAGAAACGCUGAGAAAUUUGACCAUUCCAGUUUAUACGCCAUAUGUUCCCUUUAAGAACGCUCGCAAAUGGGAUUUAUGGCUUACUUUACCCAUUACAAUCGAUCAGUUAACUUCCAACAGCAUACUUAGAAUCAUAUUGUGGGAAUUCGAGGGUGACAAUGAGGUGGAGUUUUUCACCAUUGAGACUUCUCUGUACAAGGAGGAUAGUAAGACAUUGAAAAGGGGGACUGAGUCUUUCAGGUUCCAAUAUGACGAGCCAAAUAGUGGUGCACUCGAACUAGACCCUGCAAAAGAACUUGUUAACAAUUACAGGAAAGGUGAGAUCAAAGCUGUUACCUGGCUUGACGAGCUAACGCUUCAACAACUUGGAAAAACGAACAGAAAAAAGAGACUUCCGAAGGGCAUCUUCAUCUUAAACAUAGAAUAUCCUCUUUACGAACUUCCAGUUGUUUACUCAGAGAAAGUUUCUGCAAAAACUCAGAAGAAUGUACCAAAUUUCCAUAAUUUCGAAUUGAGUAACGAUGUUCAAAUAUCGCGGCAAGAGCCCCAAGCUAAGUUGUCUCUGGGCGGCCCUGCGCAAUCAACCCUCAAGUUCUAUGAUCCUGAUCAGUUCAAUAUCGAUCCCAUCGAGGAAAAGUUCAGAAGGCUUGAGAGAGCGACCACGAAUUCGAACUUUGAAAAAGAGCUAAAACCUGAUGCUAAGAAAAGGGACAUUCUCAAUAAGAUCAUAAGCUACCCUCCGGGGAGCAGUUUGACUGCACACGAAAAAGGGCUAGUGUGGAAAUACCGUUAUUACUUAAUGAACAACAAAAAGGCUUUGACAAAGCUGUUGCAAAGUGCCAGCUUAACUGAAGAGAAUGAGCGGAAGGAGGUGCUGCAAAUGGUUGACUCCUGGGCAGAAAUUGACAUUGAAGAUGCAAUCGAGCUUUUAGGACCCGCCUACCGAAACUUAUCUCUCCGCUCUUACGCAGUUAACAGGCUCAAGAAAGCCUCGGACAAUGAGCUAGAACUCUAUCUAUUACAGCUUGUUCAAGCAGUUUGUUUUGAAAGCUGCUCGCCCCUUUCGGACAAAACAGCGAGCGAAUUCACCAUCGUAGAUGUCGCUCAAAGUGGAGCUGCUGCAAACCCCUUACCAGAGUUCGAACAAAUUAACGAAUCAUCUUCUCUCAAUAGUACCGAAAGCAUCUCAGCAGGACACAGUUCGGUACUCAUUUCACCUCUGGCAGAAUUUCUGAUUCGGCGUGCUAUCAAGAAUUCUAGACUUGGUAACUUUUUCUACUGGUAUCUCAAAUCUGAAUCCGAAGGGAACUCCUACUUGGUACACAUUCUUGAGAGCUUCACGAGCCGCUUGCCUAGUGAUAAGCGCGUGAAGCUGGAACACCAGAUAAAGUUUAUCUCAAUGCUCGAAAAGUUUUGUCAAGAGGUAAAGAACGUGCGGGACACGACCCCCAAAAAACUAGAGCUUCUGAUUAACCUAAUAUCAACUAAGCUGAGACCAUUUUUGAGAGCAACACCUGUGGAGCUGCCACUAGAUCCUGAUUUCACAUUGACGGACGUGGUUUAUGAGGGCUGUAAGAUAUUCAAAAGUUCUUUAUCUCCAAUUAAGAUCGUCUUCGAGACCAAGCAAAACGUUCCAUACUCUUUAAUGUUCAAGGUUGGUGAUGAUUUAAGGCAGGACCAGUUAGUAGUCCAGAUUAUUACAGUGAUGAAUGAGCUUCUGAAGAACGAAAAUGUCGAUCUAAAGCUCAUGCCUUACAAGAUUCUUGCUACUGGCGCAAAAGAAGGUGCCAUUCAAUUCAUCCCGAAUGACACGAUGGCCAAUAUUUUAAGCAAGCACCACGGAAUUUUGCCUUUCUUCCGUGCCCACCACCCUUCCCCCACGAAUGAGCUCGGCGUUCAGGAAUGGGUGAUGGAUAACUUUGUGAAGUCUUGUGCUGGAUACUGUGUUAUUACAUAUAUCUUAGGGAUUGGCGACAGGCACUUAGACAAUUUGUUGAUAACGCCUGAUGGUAAUUUCUUCCACGCCGAUUUUGGAUACAUUCUUGGGCAAGAUCCAAAACCUUUCCCGCCUUUAAUGAAACUACCUCCACAAAUUAUCGAAUCCUUUGGUGGUGCUGAAUCCCAGAACUACAACAAAUUUAGAAGCUACUGCUUCGUCGCAUAUUCGAUCUUGCGGAGGAACGCCAACCUUAUACUGAAUCUAUUCGAGUUAAUGAAAACAUCAGACAUUCCAGAUAUAAAGAUCGACCCAGAUGGUGCCAUGCUCAAAGUCAAGGAGAAGUUUUGCCUAGAUAUGUCGGAGGAAGAAGCAAUCAUCCAUUUUCAGAACCUAAUUAACGCCAGCGUGAAUGCGCUCUUACCUCUUGUUAUUGAUCGUCUCCACAACCUAGCACAAUACUGGAGAACGUGA